AUGGCAGCCAACUCCGACAAUGCUAAUGCAUCCAACUUUGUUCUGACGGCCGAUGCCUUGAACCAAGCCCUUCCCCUCAUGGGACCGUCCACAAGAGCUGUGCAUGCGGAUGAUUUCUACAGCCCUCACCGUGCCAUUGCACCAGGCAUGCAUGUGGCAGUGAAUUAUCGAUAUGCCAGAAACCCCGAUGAUCUAGUGCCAAUGAAGAACGAUGACCCCAAUGCCCCGUAUGACUCUCACAUAUAUUCUCGCUAUACUGCUCCGAACUCUAGUCGAUUUGAGACCGUGCUGCGCAACCUCUUUGGCGGGGACGUUCUCACCUAUUCGAGCGGUUUGGCUGCUUUUCAUGCCAUCAUGAUUCUUCUCAACCCAAAGCGAGUCUUCAUUGGCGAUGGAUAUCAUGGAGUCCAUCGCAGCAUUGCUCUCCAGAACAGAGUCACUGGUGUGGAGAAAUUCACUCUAGACGAUCUCGACAAGCUCCAAGCUGGCGAUUUAUUGCAUAUCGAGACCCCUGUGAAUCCAUUUGGCGAGGCGCGCAAUAUUGCCUAUUACGUGGCCAAAGCCAAGGCAGUCGGAGCAUAUGUCUCGGUUGAUGCUACUUUUGCCCCGCCGCCGUUGAUGGACCCUCUACAGUUCGGCGUCGACAUUGUGAUGCACAGCGGCACCAAGUACGUCGGUGGCCACUCGGAUAUGCUGUGCGGGAUUCUCGUCAUACCCUCCAGCCGUUCCAGCUGGACCGAGACCCUGCUGCAGGAUCGUAGGGUCAUGGGCUGCGUAAUGGGAAGCUUCGAGGGCUGGCUUGGCAUUCGAUCUGUCCGAACGUUCCAUCUACGUGUGACUAGGCAGUCCCAAACGGCUCUGGCUCUUGUGCAAUGGCUACACAGUGAAUCGAAAAACGCCAACUCUGUUGUUGGGAAGAUGGUUGAGUACGUCCAGCACGCCUCGCUACAGGAGGCUGAUCUGCAGGAUGGCUGGCUCCAAAAGCAAAUGCCAGGUGGUUUUGGUCCCGUUUUUGGUCUUUGUAUGAAAGAACAGAAGCAUGCCAGAGUUCUCCCUAGCAGGCUCUAUGUGUUUCAGCAUGCUACAAGCCUCGGCGGGGUGGAAAGCUUGAUGGAGUGGCGAGCGAUGAGCGAUCUGGGACGAGACCCCAGGCUGCUCCGGGUCAGCUGUGGGGUAGAGGACGUAGAGGACCUGAAGUCAGACAUCCUGCAGGCCUUUGAGGCUCUGUUACGGCUGGGAUCCUCUUGA